GUCAUCUUCCUUCCCCGGUGUUUCACGUUUCACCAUCGCUCAUGAUCACUCGUCAGAUUCGGCGAAGGUUCAAACAACAUUCUAGGGACACUGACGUGAUGCUUCUUCGAUUACUCUUGUAAUUAAAAUAGGAAUAUCCUAUCAGCCAUCCUCUAUUAUUCUGUGCUUGGUUCGACAGAAAGCAGAAGAUUUUCGGGAAAAAUAUAGGUGGGCUAAGAAGAAAAAGAUUUAUCGUCCCUGAUAUUAAGUGUUGUGUAUCCUAAGCGAUGAAAACUGGGAAGAAAAGAUUUAGGAAUUUAUCGAAUAUGCCUCCAAUGUCGAAAGACACCGAGGUCCUAUGGUCGGAUAUAACCGGGCGCAUAUUGAUCAACGCGAUUACUCAUCCUAUCGAGUAUGCAAAGGUUUUGAUACAGAUUGGAUAUGAACCUAUUCCACCGAAACCAACUGUAACAUUAUUUGGAAGGCCAGCGCUAAAAUUACCCAAUGCCUUUACGUACAUUAAACAUAUAAAGAGCAUAGAUGGCCUCACAGGCUGCUACAGAGGUCUGGUGCCAAAAGUAUGUUCUUAUACAGUUAGCACAAUAGCGUGUGAUAAAACUUUAGAGUAUCUACAACUGAAUUCGGUACAGAAUGAAGAUGAAGACGACGAAAAUGAAAUCGUAAGACGCAAGAAAUGUAUACGUGAGAUAAUAAGAGAUGUAAUCAGUAGAACUGUCGCGAUUGUAGUCAGUCAUCCUCUGGAAGUCAUUUCAUUAAGGAUGAUGGCUCAAUUUGUGGGUGGAGAGACAAAGUAUAGUAGUCUAUUUGGCUCGUUCCUGGAGAUCUACAGAGAAAAUGGAAUCCUGGGAUAUUAUGCAGGAUUGAUACCACGUGUUAUAGGAAGUGCCGCAGCUAUAAUUCUAGCUGGUGUCUCCACAUAUGCCAUAAAUAAUUAUGUCAUACAGGAACCAACAAUGAAGCCGUACACUGCAUCAACCAUGACAUUCUUGGCUACUACUGUGAUGUAUCCAUUCCUGGUGGUGUCGCACUGUAUGGCAGUAAACAACUGCGGGUUGGUGGCCGGUCUACCACCACACAUGCCAAUCUACAAGAACUGGCUGCAUUGCUGGCAUCAUUUAUCAGUCCACAACCAACUGAAGAGGGGCAGCAGUUUGUUAUGGCGUUAUUAUACUGGACCACAAAUGCUUUUGAACGGCAAAGUGAUGCCGAUUCUAGGCGACAAUUUUUACCAGCCCAGUCCUUAAUGAGUCUCAUCAAUUGCUCGGAAGAUAAAUCAUCGUCGACAAACCGGUAAAUGUUCCUCUCUUAGAUUCAAUCUCGACAGAGAAACGUGCAGAAAAACUUGGUAAUUCUUAACCAGAAAUUUUAGUGACGUUGUAUCCAGAAACAAAUCCAUUCCCUUUUACAUCUCUACAUUACAAAAUUCAGUUAUAGAGUUAUAUAGAGUUUAACGAGAUUUAUAUUAAUUAUAUUUAUUUGUAUCUAUAUCUAAUAAAACUCAAUUCUUUACAAUAGUUAUGUAAAAAAAAUUAAUUUGUCUCUAGAUACAUCUGUGUUUUAUAUACAACACAAUUCCUCUCUACACUCUAAACUCUUCAUAGCGAUCCAAAAUAUUGUAGCAGUGUUAUUUCGGCUCCGCGAACAUCUUUAUUAUAUACGCGUUCUUUUCUUUUCAUGGGAAUGAAAAAAACUAUCAAUAACUGCAAAUAAAAUUGUGUCAUAAAUAUAGACGUGUGAUAAUAUAUGCAAUGAGUAAUGCAAUAUUCAGCUAUUUAUGAAUAAUCGUAAAUUAGGCCACGAUAAAUGUAACGACAAUAUUUUGUUCAUUUUAAAUUUGGUAAUUAAAAUGUUAUAUAAAUUCCAUUCCGCUUAAAAUUGAAACAUUUAACUCUCUACUCUCGUUGAAUCUUUGUAAGUUGGAAUGCAAUUAAUUAUAUAAACAUUUUAGAGCCUUCAAAAAUUGAAAUGUAUGUAAUUGAUUCUUACAACUUUACAACUUUUUAAAUUGAAAUGCAUUUUUUUAAGGAUAACAGAUAUAUAUCAAAGAUUAUAUAUAGUGUAAUUAGUAUUUAAGAUUACGUUCUAAAAACAGUAUACAUCAUAUUAAUGUUUCUCCCAUUUCUAAUUUUUCUUAAUACUUCAAUUGACACGCUUUCUAAAACGAAAUCUCUUAAGAUUUAACACGAUGGCUCAUAUUUGUCAUUGUUAUUCUUUUUAUCGCAUAUGCGCGGUUUGUUGUAUGUAGGGUAUAAGAUAUACAUACAUAGAAUAUGCCAGAAGUCGCGCAUUGUUUUUUUGAGAAAUCUUUAAAGUCAAGUAUAUAAAAGUUUUAUCUUCGACAAAAAUA